CUUUCAGUUCUGCAUGAGAACAUGGCCGCGUUGUAAAUAGUGCCUCGCAGCUCCUGGGUUCCAGACCGGGCUGGGAUCCUUCGGUGUGGAACCCGCAUGUUCUUUUCCGGUCGACGUGGAAAAUUCCCCGGGUGCUGAGGUUUCCCCUCCCACCUACAGUAUAUCUUGUAAAUGCUGCUGCGACCUUCGCCCGUACAAUCGGAUGUUUUGUUCCUAGAUGCUUGAAACGCCUCAAAAAGACCGAUGCAGGCGCUGCAAUGAUACUCGACACCAGGAACCGGUAAUGUGCGUCAUCAUGCCCCGGACAAAACUGAUGGUGAACCUGCCCAUUCGGAUCAUGCGUUUUAAAGGAAACAUGUGGGAGGGGGUGAUAAUAUUAUUGUUAACGCUUAAAGGCGUCGUGUAAUUUUGCAAUUCGGCUGAGACCGGAUGAGUUCUCGCCCAAGCCGCGACCGAACCAAAUGCAAGUGGAGGUCCGCGGCGGCUCGUUCUCUUUCCUCUUUAUUUCUACGACGGAGGGCUGUUAAGACACACCUCCUCCGCUCACGCCCGGGCGAACCGCGUUUGAUGCGGAGUAACUGCGACAGCCGGCGGCGAGUAACCGGCUUGGGGAGCCUGGGCUUCAGCAGCGCUCCCCGGCUAUGAGCUCUGACGUGCCGGCACCGCUGACGUCAGCCGGCGGCCGGCUCCUGAUUGGCUGAGCGCACCCCGAGCUCCGCAGACAGCCGCCGCACCUGCCCGGCAGUGAUGACGGCAUAGAUCGGCUCCCCCCGUCUGCCGCUGCGCCUGGUGGGUCCUUCCUGUAACCUGUGGCAGGUAGGAGGUGAGCUGAGCUGAGCAACGUUUCAAAGAUGGCGUGAGGUUCUGCGGUACUGAGGACACCUCUCGGUGGCUGUCUUUUUGUAGGCUGCGGGUCAGCAAAGCUAAACGGAAGAUGCCCUCGGUGCCGAUGUACGUGUGUUGUCAGGACAGCUGCUGAAGAAGAAGAAGAAAUAGAAAUAAAAAAUGGAAGUGGCACACGACGCCGACGUCAUACUCAAGCAAGUACAAACUUUCCAGGAUUCUGGGAAGGAAUCCUCUUACACGGAGAAUCUCAUUGGAACGUUGCUAGCUAUAUUCGGAAACCUCCUCAUCAGUAUUUCACUGAGUGUGCAGAAAUACGCCCACGUGCAUCUUGCUGGGACAAAGGAGCCACAGCCUUUUUACCACACCAAGACAUGGUGGCUUGGACUGGUGCUCUCGUUCCUCGGAGAAGUGGGCAUCUUCGUGGCAUACGCCUUCGCUCCAGUCUCGCUGGUGGCGCCUCUCAACGCUGUGUCUGUCAUAGCAAGUUCGAUUUUAGGAUUCAUCUUUCUUAGGGAGAAAUGGAAAUUCAAGGAAUUUCUAAGACGCUAUAUCUUAUCCUUUUUAGGCUGUGCCUUGACAGUGGUGGGGACCUACCUGUUUGUAACAUUUGGGCCCAACACUCAUGAGAAACUGACUGCAGAUAAUAUAAUAAAGCAUGUCAUAGGCUGGCCAUUCCUUUUGUAUUUGCUUCUGGAAAUCAUCGCUUUCUGCUUCCUGUUAUUUUUUUACAAGCAAAGGAAAGCAGUUUUCCUUGUAGUUAUUCUCCUGCUGGUAGCAUUGCUAGGCUCCAUGACCGUUAUUACAGUUAAGGCAGUGUCUGGCAUGAUUGUUCUCACAGCACAAGGAAGCAUGCAACUGAACUACCCCAUCUUCUACGUCAUGCUUGUGUGCAUGGUGACGACGGCUGUAUUUCAGGCAACAUUCCUGACUCAAGCCUCACAUCUAUACGAAUCCUCACUGAUUGCCAGUGUGAAUUAUAUUUUGUCAACGUCUUUUUCUGUCUCGGCUGGAGCAAUAUUUUACUUGGAAUUUAACCAUGAAGAUGUACUGCACAUUUGCAUGUUUUUGUUAGGAUGCUUAAUUGCCUUUUUAGGCGUCUUCUUAAUCACCAGGAACAGGAAGAAGUCGAAGGCUUUUGAACCCUAUGUGACAAUGGAUGUCAUGCAAGGCCUCCCAACUAUACAUGAUAAGGGACGGGCUAUUCAACCUGACUACAAUGGCUCUUUCUCCUAUGGUGCCCUGGUGAACAAUGACAAUGUCACUCCUGCCACUCUCCCUGUCCUGCAGGAGCAGCUCAGGUCUGCUGCAGUUCCAUACAGGGUGUCUGACCUCAAAAAGGAAUGAGAUAUGAGGUUGUAUCCCAGAUCUUCUCAAAUUCAGAUCAAGGACAGUCUCAGACUGAACAGUCUCAGUUUUGCUUGGCUGUCGUAUUAGAACAGUCUCCUCACUACAGUAUAUAUUGCUAUUAGCUCCUGGUUUCUGGAAUUCCAGAUUGGCAGUAUUGAUGCCAAGCAACUCUGUCCUGCUGGUUAGAAUGCACAAGAAACUGAAUGUGCCUUAGCAAUCACCCAUCAAGAUGCAAGGCAUCCUCCUUUGUUAAAAUCAUGUAGUUGAAGUAAACUCUUAUGCGGUAUGAGAGAUGUUUGUGCACCUGGUCUCUAAGAGCUGACCUGGUAAACGGUGGGGUUGGUUUAAACCAGUAACUGAAAACUGGUGCAAGUUACUUCAUUACUCGGCAGACUUUCCGGCUCAUUCUUUUUUAUCCCGGAAGAGGUUAGACAUACAGAAAACAUGCUGGGAGUCAAUACAUGUAAGUGGUAAAGUUUAAUUCAGUCACUUAUAGUUCAAUACUGCUGUAAGUUUUGUGUGUGCGUAAUUGGCUUAUCUCUGACCCAUUUCCAGCUCAGCUGUUAAAUGACUCGUGUGCGAAGCACGGAACUCGAUUCUCUUAAAUUAUUUAUUGUUGUCAUUUUAAAGACUUUACUUAUGAAUUGAUAAGAAUUUAUGAUUUGUUGUUCUGUUUGUUGACUGCUAAUGUAACAUAAAAUGUAUAGUAUGUAUAAUGUUAUGAUGCUCAUGUGUCCAACGUAAUGCCUUAACUUCUUGUGAGCUGUUGACAACAUGGACCCCCCUGUUUUGUUCUUUAUUUAUUCCGCCAUAAUUAAAAUAUUGCGAUUUUACUGAUUUAUCCAUGCUUUGGGCUUAUGUAAAGGUAAUAAAACCAAAAUGCAAGUAUUUUGUCUUCCAAAUGAUAUUUCCGUUAAGAUUUAAGAAACCUUAAUUAUUUUAAUUGAUAGUUUAUAAUAUGACAUUUGUUACAGUGCGUAGUGUUGAGCUGUUGACCUUGUAGUCCUUACAGAGGAUAAAAAAAAACAAAAUUGCAAUGGAAGUCAAUUUCAGCUUUCUCAUAAAAAGGGAAAUUUUGCUCUUGGUGUCCAAUAAAUGUUUAUUUUUGUUAUAUCCGUA